AUGGUGAAAGCACUCUCGUUCAAGGGCGACAAGAAGGUGAAGAAGCGCAAGAGAGUCGUCGACGCCGACGAUGCUGAGCCGUCCUCGAAAGCGCUCACGACCUCGGCGCCUGCAGAGCCCGAGAGCGAUGAUUCCUGGGUGAGCGCAGAAGCGCCCAGCGACGUCACCGGACCCAUUGUCGUUGUCUUGCCGACAGAAAAGGCAACAGCGCUGGCAUGCGACGCGGUCGGGAAGGUCUUUGCGAGUGAAUUGGAGAACAUUGUCGACGGCGACGCGAGCACGGCUGAGCCGCACGACGUACGGCAGGUCUUUGUAGCCAACAGGGUUGCCGGCACAGACGACUUCAAUCUGAAGGGACAUCACGGGAGAUAUCUCAGCUGCGACAAGUUCGGCAUCCUCAGCGCCAACGCGACCGCCAUCUCCCCCGAAGAGCGCUUCCUCAUCAUCGCCAUCCCCGACAACCCCGGCGCCUUUGCCCUGCAGACGCAGCGCGAGAAGUACCUGAGCAUCGACGAGUCCUCCGACAGCCCUGCAGUACGCGGCGACGCCGAGGACAUCACCUUCAACACCACGUUCCGCCUGCGCAUGCAAGCGCGCUUCAAGCCGCGCAACAAGGCCUCGAAGGAAGAGAAAGCGUUCCAGAAGAUCAGCAAGAAAGAGCUCGAAGACCUCAUCGGCCGCAAGCUCAGCGACGACGAAGUCAAGAAACUGCGCAAGGCGCGCCGCGAAAACGACUUCCACGAAGUCGCCAUGGACAUGCGCUCCAAGUCGUCGCACGACAAAUACGCCUGA